AUGCCAACCAGAGGCUUACCAUAUGACAGUCUCAGAACUGUUCUACAGUAUAUAGAAGCCAACAAAAGAUUUUGUCUAUCCCAGCGCAUUCCAACAAUUCGUUGCGCUGAAAAAGCUGUACCACUCAAAAUCGACUAUCUUCAGUUUGAUGAUUUCGGAAUUACAGUCAAUAAAACUUCCUAUUCUCUGGCCGUUUAUAGAGACUUCCACUAA